GGCAUCGGCACAUGUGGAAGAGGCGGAGAUUCAGACCAGCAGUUGUACGCCAGGCGCCAUAGCUAGCGGACGUGUCCAGCACUGCGAUCGGUCCAAAGCCCCAGAACCCAACAGCAAGAGAACUCUAAUCGAGAAUCCGAAAUGAAUCCGUCGGCGCUAAUUGUGGCCCUAGUCUGUCUGGGAGCCGCGUCAGCAUUCCCCCAACUGAGGCAGCGGAACGAGAAGCAGGUCCAGACCGGCGAAGUGGAUUUGCCCUCGAAAGGUGCUACCAUUGAGGAAGUGGUAGUGGAAUCCGCCCUGUACAUCAAGCCAAAGUCCAAUCCGCAGGUGCGACGCGUGCGAUCAGCUCUGGAAUCGGGCAUAUAUGCCACCCACAAAAGGGUAAAGCGUCAGUUUGGACGACAAUUCGGCAAUCAAUAUGCUGGAAAUCCGGGCUUCGGAGGCGGUUUUGGUGGACCUUCAAGUUUUGGAGACGGUUUUGGUGGAAAUAAAGGCUUCGGAGGCGGUUUCGGUGGCAACCAAGGAUUCGGCUCAAAUGUCCAGGCAGGCACAUCAGCCGGAUCUGGCGGCACCAAGGCAGGCGUUGAUGUUGGAGCCGGGCCAAAUGGCGGCAAUGCCAAUGCCAAUGUCCAACUAAACCCGCUCGGACCCCUCGGACCCAAUGGCUACAAUCAGGAGCAAGCUGCCUCCAAUGGUGCUGCCCACAGUAACUACAACAAUGGACCCAACUCGGGCUCCUCCGGGGCCAUUGGACAGGCUCAGGGUUUCCAGUCGCAGAGUGCCAACGGAUCCUUCGGUGCCUCCUCGGCCAGCACAGCUACCCAGUCGCAGAAUACCAGCCCCUUUGGCUCUAACAAUGCCGCUGGUGCCUCACUGAGCCAGGUAUAUCACCUGCCCAACGGACAGACCAUCAACUUUAGCUCCACGAACAGCUUUGCCAACGGAGGAGCCAAUAAGGGCAGCAGCCAUGGAUCGGCGGUUUCCGUGAGCCGUUAAUUGUCAUACCUCCUAGUUUGUCCUGGGAAUGCAAUGGUGCAUAUCUAUGUGAAAAUGUGUUUGAAUAAAUAUUUAUGAUCAAGUAAAGCCAUGGACUAUACCGGGUGCAAGGGUUGACUUUAAGCUUUUUUCCGAUUUCAAGAUAAUUAAAAAAUAAAGAUUUCGGACGUAACAAAUACAGAGUCACGUUCGCUAGAGAUUUUUUUAAUCACACAAAGUAAUAUCAUGCGUUAAUGUCCGUUUCUUGUGCUUUUAAUUUUAAUCAGAAACAUACAGUAGUUUAUUUAAUAAUUCAUUUUAAUCCCUGUCGCACGUCACACUAUAUAUCACAAUAGUUUUCAUGUUGUUUGUUACUUAUUAAGUCAAGUUGAAGGGCAUAUUUGCGUAUUAUGUUGACUCUUUGCAUGCUCCGAGGGAUGUUAAAAACAAAAGUAAGCCAGAGGCAUUUGGAUUAAAAGUAAUUAUUAAAACAAAA